CGCGGUGGUAGCGGGGCGCGCCGCUGCGGCGGCCACGCUGGCGCUGGGGAAUCUCGUGACCCCUGGCCCCUCGCAGCAGCAGCGGCAGCAGCAGCAGCAGCAGCAGCAGCAGCAGCAGCAGCAGCAGCAGCAGCAGCAGGGCGGCGCACUGGGGCAGGACAAGCUCUCAGCGCUGCUUUCGCGCGCCAAGGGCGACGGCGCGCAAGGGGGCGGCGCACCCACGUCCUCCCACAGCGCGUCAAAGCUGCGCGCCGCGGAGGCGGCGGUGGCGGCUGCGCGGCAGCUGCUGGUGUCUGUGGGGCACCAGCUGCAGCAGGGCAAUGGGCUGCAGCGGCGGGGCAGCGGCGCGGGCGCCUGA